GAUUAAUGAUAUAUUCGGCUGAUAGGGAGAGUAACUUAACUUUAAAAUCGUAAAGUUUUUGACCCUUUUUGGCUUUCAAAAAAAAAGAAUUCAGAACGAUUUUUUUUAAUAUACGUAAAGAAAAAAUGGUUAAAUUUACGCUUUUAGCUUUGCUCGCUUUAUUUCCUUUAGCGUUAAGUGCUCCUCCUUGUUCUCAUCAGAAACAUGUAAAAUCUACUUUUGAUUUGAAUUAUCAAACAAACUCUGAACCUUUAUUUGGAAGUUUAAGAUUAAUACAGACUGGUGAAGAUAAAGAACCGGAAUGGAUGACUGAGAAUGAUGUUAUGAAAUUAAAAAGGAAUAAUAUUAAUUUUAUGGAUGUUACUGAUUAUUUGGAACUUGGAACACAUUACAAACCUUCCAAUAGACGCGAAUAUCCGGUAAAACCUUCUUAUAAUGAGGAAGUUAACCCCUUCAUUGGAAAUCUUACUACCAAAUAUAUGGAAGAGAAUCUUGAAAAAUUCACUUCUUUCCAUAACAGAUAUUAUCGUUCUGAAUAUGGUUUAGAGUCUUCAAAUUGGCUUUUUGAUCAUAUUUCUAACAUUAUAGAAAAUCAUGGUGAUAAGAGUGUUUUAUCCAUUCGAAAGUUCUCGCACAACUGGAAGCAAAAUUCUAUCAUUGCACGAUUUGAAGGUUAUGAUCCUGAUAAGAGUAACGAAGUUGUAAUUGUUGGUGCACAUCAAGAUUCGAUACAUAUGUGGCUUCCAACUUUUGGUAGAGCCCCUGGAGCUGAUGAUGAUGGAAGUGGUACCGUCACUAUAUUGGAAGCAUUUAGAGUAUUAGUAACCGGAGGAUUUAAACCGCAAAGACCUGUAGAAUUUCACUGGUAUUCUGCUGAAGAAGCCGGUCUCUUGGGUUCACAGGCCAUUUCCUUGGAAUAUGAAAAACAAGGAAGAAAUGUUAUUGGCAUGAUUCAGAAUGACAUGACAGGAUACAUUGGAAGUCGUAGCGCGGAGCAUAUUGGAAUUGUUAAUGAUUAUGUGGAUGAAGAUUUAACCAGUUUCGUAACAAAACUCAUAGGUUCCUACGUUGAUAUACCUUUUUCAUUAACCAAAUGCGGUUACGCUUGUUCCGAUCAUGCUUCAUGGCGAAAGGCCGGUUUCCCCUCUGCAUUUGCUAUUGAGGGUGAUUUUAGUGACUCGAAUCCUCAUAUUCACUCUCCAAAUGACUUAACUAAAUACAUUAGUUAUGAUCAUAUGCUUCAGUUCUCAAAGUUGAGCGUUAGUUUUGCUGUUGAAUUAAGUCACGCUUAAUUUUCUUAUUGAUGACUUUUUUUUACAUUCUAAUUGUUCCCUUUGUCAAAUAAUUGCUCCCUUUGUCAAAUAAUUGUUCCCUUUGUCAAAUAAUUGCUCCUUUUGUCAAAUAAUUGUUCUCUUUGUCAAAUAA